AUGAUCAGCGACAAAGUCCUUCUAAAUGGGAAGGAUCCUCAUGAAUUGAGAAUAGAUUUUUUAAUUAAUUCUUCUAUAUUGUUAAGUAAUAAAUUACCCUCUGUUUCACAUUCUUUGAUGAGAAACUCUAUUUGUUUUUUAAAAGAUAGCAAACGAGAAUUGAGUAAUAACGAUUAUUUAAACAUUUGUAAAAGGUGUGGAGUGGUAUUUACUCCAUGUGUAAACCUAGAAGUCCGUUGCGUCAAAAAUGAUAAAAGAGCAAGAAAAAGAACUAAAAAGUUAUUCAAGAGGGAUUUUAAAAAUCUAGAUACCUUCAAAAAGAAUAAAAAUAACUUGAAACAAAACCUAUAUUAUAAAAACAGAAUGGUAAUUUGGACCGAGUUAUUACUGUCUUAG